AUGGUUUUGCAAGACCUGCGGAUCCCGACUCUACCACCAUUGUCCAGGCCAAGCCUUACUCACAAUCAAGGCGGGCGCUCUCGAAGGCUUGACCAAGGAAAUGCUUGA